AAAAUACAUAAGUGUUGCACUAUCAGCGCCCUCUAGCGGUCAGUGUCGCAUUGCAGCGCUAAAGUUCAGUUGAGAAGAUGGCGGAGAGUGAACUGAACGUAGACAGCCUCAUCUCUCGGUUGUUGGAAGUGCGAGGAUGUCGUCCAGGGAAGAUUGUCCAGAUGACGGAGGCCGAGGUUCGAGGUCUGUGUAUUAAAUCCAGAGAGAUCUUCCUCAGUCAGCCCAUCCUGCUGGAGCUCGAGGCACCUCUUAAAAUCUGCGGUGAUAUCCAUGGGCAGUACACUGACCUGCUGAGGCUGUUUGAGUAUGGCGGUUUCCCCCCAGAGGCCAACUAUCUCUUCCUGGGCGAUUAUGUGGACCGAGGGAAGCAGUCCCUGGAGACCAUUUGCCUGCUGCUGGCCUACAAGAUCAAGUACCCGGAGAACUUCUUCCUGCUCAGGGGCAACCACGAGUGCGCCUCCAUCAACCGCAUCUACGGCUUCUACGAUGAGUGUAAGCGCAGGUUCAACAUAAAGCUGUGGAAAACCUUCACUGACUGCUUUAACUGCCUCCCCAUCGCUGCCAUCAUCGACGAGAAGAUUUUCUGCUGCCAUGGAGGUCUCUCUCCUGACCUGCAGUCUAUGGAGCAAAUCCGAAGGAUCAUGAGGCCUACAGAUGUUCCAGAUACAGGUCUGCUGUGUGAUCUGUUGUGGUCUGACCCUGAUAAAGAUGUGCAGGGUUGGGGAGAGAACGACCGGGGUGUGUCCUUCACCUUUGGAGCCGACGUGGUCAGCAAAUUCCUCAACCGCCACGACCUGGACCUGAUCUGCCGAGCGCACCAGGUGGUGGAGGACGGGUACGAGUUCUUUGCGAAGCGGCAGUUGGUCACUCUGUUCUCUGCUCCAAACUACUGCGGGGAGUUUGAUAACGCAGGGGCCAUGAUGAGCGUGGACGAGUCCCUCAUGUGCUCCUUUCAGAUCCUGAAGCCCUCAGAGAAGAAGGCUAAGUAUCAGUACGGAGGUGUGAACUCGGGCCGCCCCGUCACACCUCCCCGCACCACACAGGCCCCGAAGAAGAGGUGAGCGGCCUGCCCCGCCCAUCCAACCCACCAAGCCCCACCUCCCCAGCCCAAACAUACACAGCCUGGAGGCGGUACUUAUUCACAAUCAGCCUCCCUCUCUCUCCCCUCCUCCUUUACUCUUUUCUUAAUGUGGGUGUACAUAAUUUUUGCCGUGAUCAGGUGAUAAGCGCUUUCCGUAUGUCUCUGCCUGUUCGGUGGUAUUUUUAAUAAUAUUCAUAUUACUAAUUACAUGGAUGCGAAUGGAGGAUCUCUCACUCUCUCUCUCUCUCUCUCUCUCUCUCAGACACAGUAUUGACAUUAAUAUCGAUGUUACCGUGAUUUCUACAUAGGGUGUUUAAUUCAUGAAUUGAAAACUGGGGGCUUUAAGUUGAACGUGUUCAUCUUUAUCAGUAUACACUCUCUGUUUUUACACACCUCACUCUGAAAAGAUGUACAGCACACACACACACACUACAGUAUGAUGUAAUGCAGCCUCGUUGUAAGAUCAGGCUUCAGUAUAUUUUUAUCCGUCCAGCAGUGACUCAGAGGCCGAGCAAGCGGAGAGAUAGGACCAGAGAAGGAGGACGUUGAGAAACGUUAUAAAUCCUGUCGUCUGCACGUAAAGAUAAUUUCAGCCGGGAAUAAAGUGCUUUUCCACAGACACGGACAUCCUACCCUGGUGCUCUGAGUGGCUUAGGAAUAAAAAACGACGGCUCUCGGAGAGCCUUAUUUACUCUCCAGCAUUACUGCUUCAUGCAGCAGUACAGGUAGCUCAUGAUAGAUGAGGAUAUACACCAUAUGGUGCGACUGAAUGAGACCAGGAACAGACGGACGUUUCAUCAGACGUUUUCCUCAGCCUGAUGCUAAUAACAGUGCAUGUUCUAACGCUAGCUGAAGCAGCUGAAUGUUCCUCUUAAUUGGCAAUUUCACUGAUCUACACCAUAAAGCAGUUCAAAUAUUAAGAAUAAUCCAUUCCUGACAGCGAUCUCCUCUCUGUUCAUUUUCCGCUGUGAUGAUCUUUGUACCGUUUUCUGUUCAUGCGGUUUCUUUGUAGCAGGAAGUAUGUUGUCAUGGUGAUAGUGACCCUCCCUCCAGUCUUCAGCGUUUUUUGUUGCAGAUGUUCACACUCUAGCUUUAUUUACGAGUUUGUGAUAUUAGCCAGCUGUUUAUGUUUAGCUUUGUCUAAUCAAUCCGUUCUGGCAGGUUUUCACAGUGCAGGAGGUCAUGUGACCGAUUUCACCCAAUAGAACAGAGGGUGUGAUCACAACAGGGAGCCACACAGUUCUGUUUCUCUCUUUGUCUGUUUCCGUCUGUCCGUCAUUCUGUCUUUCUCUUUGUCACUUUUUCUGUCUGUUAGUUUCUCUCUGUCUUUCUAACUCUUGUUCUUUCUCUCUCUGGGUUUUAUUUACUGUUUCUCUCUCUGUCUCUUUUCAUCUGUCUCUCUCUCUCCCUCUUUCUCUGUCUCUCUCUCUUUCUCCCUCUUUCUCUGUCUCUCCCCCCCCCCUCCAUCCCUCUCACUCUCUCUCUGUCUCUUUACCCCUGCCCCUCCCUCUUUCUGCCCCUCCUUCUCUCUUUCUACCUCUCCAACCCCCUCUCCCUCUCUCUCUCUCUCUCUCUCUCUCUCUCUCUCUCUCCUCCUCCCUCCCUCUCCCUCUCCUUCUCUCUCUGACAGUAUCGGAUGAAACACCAGGUCCGUGUCUGUGGAACAUGAUUAGAGAAGAAUUUGGCAGGUUCACUGCAGGAUCAGAUGCAGAACAGAUCAGAUGUUCAGGCUUGAUUUAAACAGAACGAGGAAACGGCAACAAUUUUACACACACUUAUAUUUGCACAAUGCUUUUUCCUCUUAAUAAUAAUAAUAGUGUUAAUGUUGAAGGGGGAUUUCAUUUGGAGUGCAGUGGCCUCUCUCUCUCUCUCUCUCUCACUCAGUAUUGAUGUGAUGAUCACUUAAGAUUUAAAAAGAGAACAUUACAGCAGUCAUUGUGUCUUCAUUCUCCCUCUCUUAUUCUCUUUUUUGUUUGAUUCUUUUACCCAAACAGAGAAGCGAUGGAUUUUUUUCCCCCAGUUCAGACAAUUUCUGUUCAGUGCUCUUUUUUUCCUAAAGGAUAGUAUUGGGUAUGAGACCUGACGGUCGUUGAGUUUUUCAUGCACUAAGAUAAGACAAGGGGUUAAAUGUAAUGUAAAUUUUAUCCGGAAGUGAAGACGUGGCCAGUGCAGUGAUGGCGCCCCCUGGUGUGUCCCAGGAGAGAGAAUAUAGCACAGUCUGUACUCGAUUUGGAGGCGACGAUGACGAUUAAAGCAGAAAUCGUUUGAUUGGCUGACGCUGCGGUCAGUCAUGCAUGUUCUCAGAACACUUUUUUUUCCUUUUUGUGUGGACAUUGUUGCCUCUUUGAUAUUUGUCAUAAUUUUAUUUUGUUUUUAAUUUUUUUUUCCUUCCUUAAUUUAUAAUUGGAUGUCAGGGAACAUAUUCCAAAACACAAGCAAAAUUUGUAUAAGUGGGUUUCACGUUCUUUGAACUCAAUAAAUGGAGCUAAAACAA